CCUCCCUCCAGACAGUGUGGCGCACAAUAGCGUCAGAGUGCGCACGAUACGCACACGCACUCUGGUUUCAGCUCGAUCGUGCACACUUUUUGGACACUUUUACGCACUUCUCGUUGGCUUCCAAUGGGAAUUAAUCGCGUGCGCGCAACCUUUGCGUCGAUUCCCAGAACGCUGUGAUUUGAAUUUUUGUUCCUUUUUGUUUUGGAGGGGGAAACUUUCGAGGCAAACAUGCCGGAGAGAAUCAGCAUUUCUGAUUUUGUGGAUCUGACCAAUGAGGAUCUGUCGUCGCCGGCCACGUCCACUUUUCAGGCCAAAAUGAGCGACUGCCGGAGCACAGUGUCCGCCGUGGAGGAGUCUCUGGAGAUGGAUCACACGACUCUCCAAAAGAUGAAAAAGAUGAUCAAAGCCAUCUACAACUCUGGAAUCACUCACAUGGAAGCCAAGGAGCAGUACACAGAGGUCCUGGAGAAACUGGGCAACAGCCACCUAAGCCAGGACAACAACGAGGUCUCCACGGGCUUCCUCAACCUGGCCGUAUUCACCCGAGAAGUCACGGCCCUGCUCAAAAAUCUGGUGCAGAACCUCAACAACAUCAUGGCCUUCCCUUUGGAAAAUGUGCUGAAAUCGGAGCUGCGCGACAGCAGAUUGGAGCUGAAGAAACAGAUGGAGAGGAGCUGGAAGGAGUACGACUUAAAAAUAGCAAAACUGGAGAAAGAGCGCAAGGAGAAGAGCCGGCAGCUCAUCCGGACAGAGGGUUCGGACAGUGGGGAGGACAUGGAGAGGGAGAGGCGGACCUUCCAGCUGCAGAUGUGUGAGUACCUUUUAAAGAUACAGGAGCUGAAGGUCCGACAAGGCCCCGAUCUCCUCCAGAGCCUCAUAAAGUUCUUCCAGGCCCAGCUCAGUUUCUUUCAGGACGGCCUGAAAGCUGCAGAGAAUCUUGCUCCCUUUGUGGAGAAACUGGCGUCCUCGGUUCACACGGUCCGGCUCGACCAGGACGAGGAAGUCAAACAGCUCACUCAGCUGCGGGAUUCUCUUCGCUUGCUCCUGCAAGUGGAUGGCAAAGAGGAAUACCUAAACAGGAAGAACUCGGGCAACGGCUACAGCAUCCACCAGCCGCAAGGAAACAAGCAGUAUGGGACGGAAAAAUCGGGGUUCUUGCUGAAAAAGAGCGACGGGAUCAGAAAAGUGUGGCAGAAGAGGAAAUGUGGAGUCAAAUUUGGCUGCCUAACCAUCUCUCACAGCACGAUCAACCGACCACCAGCCAAACUCAACCUCCUGACCUGUCAGGUGCGAGCAAACCCGGAGGACCGCAAAGCCUUUGACCUGGUUACUCAUAACCGAACAUACCAUUUCCAGACAGAAGACGAGCAGGAAUGUGUGAUCUGGGUGUCGGUGCUGCAGAACAGUAAGGAAGAGGCCCUGAACACAGCGCUGGGAGGAGACCAGCUUCACCUCCAGGACAGCGGCCUGCAGGAGCUUUCCAAAGCUAUCAUCAAAGAACUUCGCCACAUGCCCGGCAACGACGCCUGCGCCGACUGUGGCGCACCAGAUCCAACAUGGCUGUCCACGAAUCUUGGCAUCCUGACCUGCAUUGAAUGCUCGGGGAUCCACAGAGAACUGGGUGUCCACUACUCCAGGAUCCAGUCGCUGACCCUGGACCUGCUUAGCACCUCUGAGUUACUGUUGGCUGUCAGCAUUGGCAACACAAGAUUCAACGACAUCAUGGAGGCGGGCCUUCCAAAUGACGCUGUCAAACCUUUGCCACAGAGUGACAUGAAUGCCAGAAAGGAGUACAUUGUGGCCAAAUACGCCGAGCGCCGCUACGUCCUGCGCAGGGAGACGACGGAACCCGGCCAGCUGUACGACGCCGUGAAGAGUCGUGACCUGACGUCUCUGCUGCAGCUCUUCGCCGAGGGGGCGGACCUCGCCAGACCGCUUUCGUUGGCUGAUGGACAGGGUCUGAAAGAAACUGCUCUUCAUCUGGCCGUGCGUCUGGAAGAAAGAAGCUCUCUGGCCAUCGUGGACUUCCUGUGCCAGAACAGCAACUGCUUGGAAAAGAGGACAGCGGAAGGCAAUACGGCUCUGCACUACAGCGUCCUCCAUCACAAGCCCGAAUCGCUCAAAUUGCUGCUGAAAGCCAAGGCCACUCUUCACAUAGUGAACUCUGCAGGAGAGACUGCCCUUGAUAUCGCCAGGAGGCUGCAGCACACGCAAUGCGUUGAGCUGUUGGAGCUGGCCCACAAUGGGAAGUUCAACUCUCAGAUGCACGUGGAGUUCACGUGGGACACUCAAGCUCAGGAGAUCUACGACAGCGAGGACGACCUGGACGAGAGGGUGAGCCCCGUACCCAAGAACCGCUCUCCGGUGUCGUCCAAUGGAGGCGUGGGAGCCCGCUGGAGUGUGGUGAGCAGCACCUGCGGCAGCCCGGCCAGCAGACCUUGUCAAACCUACGAGAACCUGGAGUUCCUCUACAGAAAUCCCCCGGCCAACAGCGCCCCCUCUGGCAUAUCCAUGCCACCACCACUGCCCGCUAAAUCCACCCCUAAAGGUCGCUCCGACCCUCAACUGUCGCUCACAACGCCGGACGUGAGCUUCCAGCCUCCCAGACGCGCUUCCAACCCGUCCUCCAGCACGCCCGGUUCCCAGGCGCAAGCCAGAGAGAGCCCUCCAUCCCCUGCCACGGAGAAUCAGGCCCCGGCUGGAAAAGCAACCAAGGGAAGUGGGCUGUGGCCUCAUAGAUAUUCCGGGGAAGUGCAAGCCGGCACUGCCUGUGCCUCUCAAAGCACCGCCACGUCACCCCAGAACCACAUUGGGCCUGUCAGUUCUGAAAAGACCACAUCUUAUCGUCGCACCAGCAGCGGAGGAAACAACCAGGGCAAGUGUGCCGUGUUGUCUCCCACCAGCAACCAGGAGGAGCCAUAUUGUAUUGUGGGUGGAAAUUGCGCCGGCCUCGGCCCGGCACCCACCACAGUUGCCGCAUCUUCUUCACCUGGCGUCACCCCUGCCCUGCGACCACGCCGGAAUGCUAUGGUGUCGGGCAACAGGCACCACCAGAAGCGGGUCAAGGCCAUAGUGGAUGGCAGACCCACCAAUUCCGAGCAGCUGACCUUUUUUAAGGAUGAGACAAUCGUGGUCACGGUCUCUACUGACCCCCACUGGUGGGUUGGUUACAUAGAAGGAGACUCAUCUAGGAGCGGGACCUUCCCUGUCAACUACGUCCAGAAAGUGACAGAUUAAACAUGUCUGUGAAUGACAAACUGAAGCAGCAUCAGAUGCUGGUCGGCAUUUUUUACAUUUUAGCGAGCAGGUGGACUUCUAUGCUGUUUUCCAACACGGAUUUACUCAAACUGGAACAUGGUGAGCGGAUUAAGGACAUUCCCCGCCAGAGACUACACAAAGUGAUUUGAAAUUGCUGACAAGGAAUAUCAAACUUUUGAAAAUCUU